AACGAGACCACUCACUCAUACUCAGCCUCACAAACUGCCUUGCGUGUUUGCCCAUAUCAUCCAGAAAGAACAUUGUUCGUUCUUCUUUAUUCCUCUAUCAUCUUGUUUUAUUUUCACUCGCUUGUUGCACCAGAAGCUAAAUCAUCUCUCAAUCAGUUAGCCCCUCCCUCACACUUGUUCCCAACAACUCAUUAUGACCGAGCAACAAGAAUCCUCCGAUAGCCCCACGUGGCUCAAGUACAUCGAGCAAAUGAUAGAAGAGGAGGAAGAUGAGAUUGAUUCAGAAGCCAUCUACUACGAGAUUGUUCGCGACAUGCUCAUUUCAGAAGAGGACCCAGAUAAAGCAGUCUCAGAAGCCAUUCAAAAGUUCUACGAUCAUUACGUCGCUGGAUUCUCUGGAGAAGACUUUGGCGGGAGGGAGCCCCCAGAAUAUGAUGCUGGCGGAUAUCUAAACAGCAUCGCGGUAAUUGUGUUCGAAUUAGUCGCCAAAAUCCCUUUCACAGACCCCAAGCAAGACAUGCUCUCCAAAUUCUUGAUUGGUAUCGCAAAGAAUGGUGCGGAUAUGUUUGAUGAGAAGGAUCCUCGUUUUGUCUGUUGGAGCUGGGGAAUUCAAGCAGCCGCGGUAGAGAGAUGGAAUGCCUGUCACAUUGAUGCAGGGCGCUUGGAUCGCGAAGGGCCAGCUGUAGAUGGAGCUAUAGAUACAUGGCUCAGCACAACAGCUCUCAUCGCCAAGCUCUUUCAAGCAGAUCUCCUCGGCGCGUAUGGCCCCCUCUGGCUAUCUGCCGACUUCAUAAGAGCCUUUGAGACACAUACAGACGGCGACUACACAAAGCAUCCUGUCAGACAAUCACAGAUUCUUGCUGUUGCGAACUACAUCCUCCUUGCGGGUGAGGCGUUUGCAAAGGAUGCCAAGAUAUCUUCGCCAGAAAGGCGAUAUGAUUUGGAUGCGGAGAAGUGGAAGCUUUGGGCGGGGAAGCUUAGAGAGGUUGCUGAUACGGUGGACGAGACUGCGGGAUGGGAUCUUAAGGGCAAGACUCAGAAGGCGUAUGAUAGGAUGGUUGAGCUAUAUCCGAAGGCCUUUUCAUCGGAUUAGUAUGAAAUGGUGUACAUUUGGAGAAGGACGGUAACGUUGGGCGACAGUGUAUAUAUAUAGAUUUCUUUUAUUGUUUGUUUGAAGAAUAGCUCUUGAUGAGAGAUUAUGCCUGGAGAGUUUCUACGAUCUGAUGCGCCCAACAAGUUUCCAUUGUUUCCUUUCUCCUAUCAUCUUUCUCCGUCUGCACCUUGUCACAGCUGGGCGAACAGUGAUUGCAAAAAGGUUGCCCGAUAGGGUUCUUCUCUUAUCCCUUGCAAUUUGAUGAGCUAUAUUAGCGUUCGUUGUAUUUAAUCAAACACCCUACUUCAGUCACGACCCAGACGACAAGAUGUUCAGAAUCGUGCAUCGGGAAUUUCGCAAGUAUCUACGCUGACUAGAGGCGGUUGGCACUUUGCUCGAGAACGUGAUUAGGUCGUGCUUAACUAAUGGAUUCCUGACGCGAGAUUCUCAAGAAGAAGGCUUG